AUGGCUACUGACUUCUUUACCAAGUGGGUUGAAGCUGAACCUUUGAAGGAGGCCUCUGGUGCCACCAUCCGCCAGUUCAUCUUUCAUAAUAUUAUUUGCAGGUUUGGUAUCCCCGAGGCGCUCGUUUCAAACCGGGGGCCAGCAUUCAUGGGAGGUCCUGUCGAGCAACUUGUCAACGAUUUCGGCAUCCAGUUCAUCCACAGCACUCCAUAUUAUGCUCAGUCCAACGGACAAGCGGAAGCUAGCACCAAGAUUAUUAUUACCCUGUUAAAGAAGAUGCUGGUAGAAAACCCUCGACAGUGGCACGACACUUUGUAUGAGACACUCUGGGCUUACCGCACCUCCAAGAGGAAUCCCAUUGCUACCACACCCUAUGCACUAAUGUUUGGUCAUGACGCAGUUUUACCUUUGGAAAUCAACGUUCAUUCCUUACGUGUGCAAGAUCAGCACCACUUGAUCGGUGAAGAUUAUGUCCAGAAAUUGACCGGUCGCGGUAAAUGGACUCCGCGAUGGGAAGGCCCUUUUGUUGUUCACCGCAUUUUGGAACGUGGUUCUUUUCACCUCAAGGAUUUGGAUGGUGAAAUCCAUCGCAAUCCCAUCAACGGGCGAUUCCUGAAGAAAUAUUACCCUAGUGUUUGGGAGUUCGAAGAUCCACCGGAUUAA